UUGACACAAAAACUAGGCUAUAUUUGCCAGCCUUUUAAGCAUGGUUCUGAAGGAUGGUCCCUUUACCUAGUUUGGGAGCUGGGAUUUUCUCUGGUAAAAAAAGGGCAAGAACAAAUUAGGUAAACAUAUACGUAUAUAACUAAAGGAAGAAAAAAAAAACUAGAAUGGGAAGAAGUAAGGUACAGCUAAAACGAAUCGAGAACAAGAUCAAUCGACAGGUUACUUUCUCUAAAAGAAGAACUGGUUUGCUCAAGAAAGCUAAUGAGAUCUCAGUUCUUUGUGAUGCUGAAGUUGCUUUGAUUGUUUUCUCUCAUAAUGGAAAACUCUUUGAGUAUUCAACUGAUUCAUGCAUGGAGCAGAUACUAGAACGCCAUGAAAGGUAUGGCUAUGCAGAGAAACUACUAGUAGCAAAUGAUACUACAGACGCUCAGGAAAACUGGACAGUUGAAUACACUAGACUCAAGGCAAAGAUAGAUCUUUUGGAGAGAAACCACAGGCACUACAUGGGAGAAGGUCUAGCUACAAUGAGCCUGAAAGAGCUUCAAUGUCUAGAACAGCAGUUAGAUACUGGUCUCAAGAACAUCCGUACCCGCAGAACUCAAGUUAUGUAUGAGGCCAUUUCUGAACUUCAGAAAAAGGAGAAAGGGAUACAAGAGCAGAAUAACAUGCUCUCAAAAGAGAUAAAGGAGAAAGAGAAGUCUGUUGCACAGGAGGCGGCAGCAGCGGCUGCUUCUGCUCAGUGGGAGCAGCAGCCAAACUACAGAGUUGAUACAUCUUUCUUUCUACCUCACCCUCUUGCUGGUUUAAACAUGGGUGGCAACUACCGUGAGGGAGAUCAAGAACUGAUGAGGAACGGGCUUGACCUCACUCUGGAACCACUGUAUUAUUAAUUCUUCAUUGCAACAAUGGAUGUUCUUCAAAAUGUUUUCUUAUGUUAUAUAUUUUACAAUCAUAUAGGAACGAAUAUAUAUAUAUAUAUAUAUAUAUAUAUAUAUAUAUA